GGCUUGACGGAUGUGCAGUGUCCACCUCCCGUAUUGAGUCAGUCAAUCGCAGGCACAAUGGCUGGCUUGAAGUGUACAACGUGCUUUCUGUCUCUGCUUUUUGUCUUUGCAGCCUCUCAAGGGGACGGAUCAUCAACUUUAGCAGAAACAACACCAACUGAAGCCCCGGCAACAACGUCCAAAUCCAGAUUCGCUUCCAGUAUAACUUCCUCUACUCCAGGUUUAACCGUAACGGCUCCUGCUCCGUCAACUGCUAGCACCUCGAGUCCUUCAAGUACGAUAGUGGCAAACAAAAUGUCCGCUACCUCGGAACCCCCAGCUGAGAGCUCUUCUACAGGCUCAGUGACAAUAUCACCAAAUUCCAGCUCCAGUCUCGAAAAGACCUCAGAUCUUCCUCCAAUCUCCUUUUCAACUGUCACCUCAUUUUCAAACGAGUCUGAUCUUACUUCUGCCUAUGCAAGCACCAACUCCAGUAUAGGUGGGCUAAAUGGCCCGGACCUGGCGAGGAACCCGGGACUGGUUGCAGUCAUCUGUAUCUUCGCCAUUGUGUUAGUACUGCUAUUGGCGGUUGCCAUCGCAAAGUCCAUGAAAUCCAGGGGGCCCCAGUUUGAGAAGCUGGAUGAUGUACAGAUGAACAAGAUGACUGAGGAAUCACCAUUUGCCCGUUUCCCUCCAAAAUAAUACCAGAUCGCUGAACUGGGCAAAAAUCUAUAUUUGCACAUUUUGACAGAGAAAAAACUUGUCUACACAAGUUUGCUGUUGCUUAAUCCUACAAGAUGAUAUGCAUUACCAUAUUGGGAGUGGUAUUUUUCUAAUUGACCUGUUUUCUGUCUUCUAUGUAUUUCGAGUUUGCAUUUUGAGAGAAGCCACUAUGUGGAUCCCACACAUCAUGUUUUUUUUUCUGAAUAAAACAAGUUGUCUUGUGCCUGA